UCUUAUUUGUUUUUGUAACUGUUUAUGUCUUAUUUGGCAGUCCAUAUUGAGGGGAGUGGCUAAAGAAUUCCCUUUGGCUGAGCAUAGGCACUGUGCUAGACAUGUAUUUGCACACUGGCAUAAAAAUCACAAGGGUGAUGAGAUGAAAAUGCUCUUUUGGAAAGCUGCAAAAGCAUACAAUGAAGCUGAUUUGGAAGAAGCUCUGGAAGAAAUGAAAAGGGUUAACCCGGCUGCAGUGAGUUCAUUUAGAUCAUUGAACCCAUCAUGUUUUUGUAGAGCAUUUGUUAGAAUAAACACUAAAUGUGAUGUCAUUGUUAGUAAUAUGGCAGAAACAUUUAAUGGUUAUAUAAUAAAUGCUAGAGCAAAACAUAUAAUUUUCAUGCUUGAGGAUAUUAGGGGUGCUUUAAUGCAAAGGAUAGUUCUUAAAAGACAGCAGAUGGAAAAAAAUACUGGUAUGUUAUGUCCUAGAAUUAAGGCCAGGCUUGAGAAAGAAAAAGACGAGGCUGCCAAUUGUACCCCUUUACCAUCUAGCCAGGUUUUAUUCCAAGUGUGCCACAGAUUAGAUUGUUUGACAGUAAAUUUAGAGGCUAGAACCUGCACUUGUAGGAAGUGGGACUUGAGUGGAAUACCAUGUUGUCAUGCCAUUUCUUGCAUUUUCUUCAUGAAUGAGACUCCUGAGAACUAUGUGCAUACCUGCUACACCAAGGACACUUAUCUGAAAAUGUACUCAGGGGGUAUUGCACCCCUAACUGGAGAGAGACAUUGGCCCAAGGUUGAUAUGCCAAUAGACCCUCCACCUAUUAAGAUUGGGCCAGGUAGACCUAGGAAAAAUAGAAUGAAGUCUCCCCAUGAAAACCCUAAGAAGCCAGGAAAAUUAACAAAACAUGGUGUUGAGAUGUCCUGUAGUGUGUGCAAGUCCAAAGAUCAUAACAAGAGAAAAUGCCCGGAUAAAAACAAGGAAGCUCAACCUGUACAAAAGAAAAGCAGGGGCAGGCCCAAGAAAGCUAUCCAAAAUGCAGAAGCACAACAAAGCACUUAUCAAACCACUGCACAACCUUCAAGAAUAGGGAGAGGAGGAAGACUUAUUCAAGCAAGAGGAGGAAGUAACACAACAAGAGGGAGAGGGAGAUUUGGAAGAGGCAGAGGUAAGGGUCAAAUUCCUGUAGGCUUUGGAGUCCUUGUUGAUGGAGAAGGCAACACCUGGACUAAUCCUCCCGGCCAAGCUGGUCCAAGUAAUCUAUCAGAGCCUUCAGUUGGUCCUUCAUUUCCUUAGGUUGUUGUCCAAGGUUGCAGUCCAAAGUUGCAGAGAAGAAGUUGAUGUUUAGUAUUGUUAUUAUGUAAUAAGUUGCAGAG